GGCGUUAUAUAUAGAGAGGGGCGCGUUCCCGGUUCCACACACCCGCCCUCCGCAGGAAGAAGUUUCUUGUUUGUGCCCGACGCUCGGAAGCCACUAUGCUGACGCUGACUUUCCUCCUGGCCGCCUGCUCUGCGGUGCUGGCCGAGCCCAUCCGGUUCGUGGACUGCGGUUCCAAAGAUGGAAGUAUUACAGAGGUCAGCGUGACUCCUUGUCCUUCAGAACCUUGUGUUCUCCACAAAGGAGACUCCUAUAGUGUCAAUGUCACCUUUUCUAGCAAGAUUGACAGCCAGGGCAGCCAAGCUAAAGUGUAUGGAGAAAUGCUCCAUGUGGAUAUUCCCUUCCCACUUGAUCAGCCUGAUGGGUGCAAGUCUGGGAUCAGUUGCCCUAUUCAGAAGGACCAUUCGUACAGCUACCUGAACAAGCUGCCAGUGAAGAGCGAGUACCCAUCGAUUAAACUAGUUGUUAAAUGGGAGCUGCUCGAUGACCAAGGCCAGCCUUUGUUCUGCUUGAAGAUCCCUGUCCAGAUCACCAGUUAAAGCCACCGUGCUUAGCCCUUGUGGUUUCUGGGGGAGGGAUUAAAGGGGGUUGGGUGUAGCAAGGAGUCAAGUGCUUUGCUGUACAAAGCAUUUCUUGUUUCAGUUCCUCUAGCAUCUGUGCAACAUUUCUGGUUCUCCCCCAGAGAGUCAAAAUAAAAUGUAGCAAGGGGUUGGUGAUCACAACCAGUCUACCCCAAAGGGAUGAGACAUUGGGGGAAGCCUCACUGUAGCUCAGGGCAAACAUUUAUGCAACCAUUGACAGAAGUGAUGUCUGGAGGGUUUUGAUGGCUCCAAAUAGAAGGUGCAUCCUAAAAAGUCUUUCUUCUGUAAGAAAGCUGGGCCAACAAGUACCAGGAUAAUUGCUGCUUGUCAACACUCAGUGCCUCUCACGGUCAGAUGCUGGCUGCACUUCCAUCUGCUUUCUCUUUCCCCAACCCCUUCCCCUGCUCUAUCAUGACCUAAACUUUCCAUAGAUUUAUAUUUGUCAUCUGGAGCCAAAAGGAAAUUAAUAAGCACCUUUUGUGGCUAUUUGCUGCAAUGAAGGAAAAUUAUCCUUUCUGUAGAUGCCAGACCAACUGGUAUUUGGUCUCUUGUGCUGAGAUCUUUUGUAUUAACCGUUUUGCACUAUUGUGUCACUUACCUGGAGUUGUUGGGGAAGUGUUCUCCAAAUCCAGACUGUUUUUGUAACAUUCUUUUAAUAAACCUAUGUCAUUCAACAUC